AUGGGCGCUUAUUUGUGUGGUCGCAACUCGGACACCAACGGACAGCACGUCAACCUUGCUCGGUCUUGCGGACAGAAACUGGGUCACAAUGGACCCAACUCAUCUCCAUCGUGCGCCUGGAGAUCGAUCAGCCUUCUUGUGCCAUACAGCUCCCGCUUCGAACCUAUCUCGCUCCAAUCGGUUCUAGACCAGCAUAUCAUCUUCGCUAGAGACACGUCAAGCACUGGCGCGCGAUCUCUCGCCUUUGAUAUCGAUCCGGGCACUAUUCCGGAGAUACCCCGACAGCCACUACUCAACGUGAUGGAUGAGCGUCUCCGGAGCGUGACGUCCCGCAGUAUAGAGCCCCAGCUAUGGAGGGGUAACGGGACAAACCAAACGAUGGUUGCCGGCGAAGUUUUCGAUUCCGCCCCAGUCUUUUCAGACGCUUUCUGGGUUUCGUCUGUGCCGUCUGGUAGCACAACUGGAGGACUCAGGAUGCGCUCGCUGAGGCUGAACUCCUCAUCGGAAUGUGCGAGCAUCGCCGCCGAUGAGUUUCCUUCCAACUGUCCUGGCCAGUUCCCUUUCCUCACCGACUACACCGGGAAUGGCAUCUCCAUUCGAGUCUGUGUACCGGACGGCAAGGAUGGGAAGCCGUGGGGGGCUAUGCGCGACCGUCAAGAUAUUGAGGAAGAGAUGUAUCUCGACGCUAGACUUGCUUCCGAUGCAGGGGACGCGACGCUCAAUGACGAUUUUCAAAACUUCACUAUCCUAUGUGUUGGCCGCUCCACGAUGGGGUAUUUUGAGUUGGGAAAUCUCCACAAUCAGGAACAGCCAUCUGAGUUGCUGGCGCAGUGGCUAGACCCCGACGAGACGGACGACUUUGACGAUUACUUUGCAGAAUCGCCUCUUACCAGCGACAUCUUCGCCAUCCGGUCCGCUGCAAAUGGCAGCAGAAGUCUUGUUCGGUCCGCAGUCGUACCAGCACACGCUCUUUCAGCUCUUGCGCUCAACGGAGACGAGUAUUUCGGGCAGCCUGUGCAGCGCCCUCAAGCCGCCAAUGGCGGGCAUCGACUACCCUGGCGUUCAGGUGCUGCUCCUGAUUCUUCUGACUCUGUAUACGUAUACGCUGGGAAAAGGGGCCGGCAAACUGGAUGCCUCGUCAAUACUGAGGAUGGGCGCUGCCGUGGAAGGGUGAGGCGCUGCGCCUGGUCUCGAAAGGGCUCUCACGACAGACUUGAGGGGUUGCAGAAGAUUCCUGGGUCAGGAAGGUGGAUGCCUAGAUACCACAGCAGAGGUCGGCCUGUCGAGAUGCCGGCCAAGCCAUGGGGUGAAAGGGCCUCUUUUCGACGCCCUCCCGCCACGACCUCCCCACGGCCAACCCCCCUUCAAGCACCCACCAAGAGGGAUCCCCAAGGACAAGCAUCUCCAAUCCGCAAGGCCACCGAACCAUCACCCUCCGUCUCCCACCCUCCCUCCCAGACUUCAUCACAACUCCAGCCCCAGGCGCCCGCGCCCCCAACCCCGCCACCAGCAGCGCCGCCGCACCCCCCUUCCCGAUCACUACAAAGACACAACUCCCCGAGGGAAGCCCGUUCCGCCCCCCCCGGGCCGCAGCAGCUACUUUCCUCCCCAAACCGGCCCCGGGCAUCUCCGCGGGGCCCUGGGACCUCCGCGACGCCGCGCACCGCCGCGUCCUUCGCGCGCCUGCGCCUCCUCCCCGACGACCCCUCGCACGCGGACCCCGCGCGGGGGAUCACGCCCGCGCCGCCGCCGGGCUCGCUGUUUCGGCGCGGCGCGCUGGCGGGGUAUAGGCCUUGGUGGGAGGGCGGGCGGACCGGCGGGGGGGACGUCUUCUCUGGGGCUGUGACGGCGGGUGCGGAGCGGGAGGAGAGCGUGGAGGUCGAGGCUGACGAUGACGAUGGCGAGAGUGAGGCCGAGGCCGAGGACGAGGACGAGGGUCAGCGGUGGGAAACGAUAUCGGCUGGAGAGGCGGAGAAUGCGGAGGAGGAGCAUCUUCGGUGGGAGACGCUGCGGGAGCGCGAGAGGGGGUUUGUCUCGUGGAGUCGGCGCUGUCUCUAG